GACACAAAUGACAAAUUUGAUCAAAAGAACACUGUAGCAAUUAACUUACCAAAUAAUGCGUCGGUUGAUACACCACCACCUUCUAUUUCUUCGAUUCUUAAUCGUAAAGUAUCAAUUAAAGCAGACUACCCAACCGCUUUAAGUCGUCAUGUGUCUGUGAAAUCUCAACGUGCUGCUCUGAGUCGUCAUGUAUCUGUUCGUUCAGCUCGUUCAACAAAGUCUACGCGUUCAGAAAAUGCAAUAUCAGCAGCAACAGCUCUUUGUGAGGGGUCUGGUGUUAAUGUUGAUGAUUAUGAUUCACAAAUACAUUAUAAUACAAUGUGUGCUAUAUGCUUGGAUGAAUUCGAAAAUGGCGAUCAACUUCGAGCUUUACCUUGUGGGCAUGAAUUUCAUUCUGAAUGCAUUGAUCCAUGGCUUACGCAAAAAUCAUCACUUUGUCCGCUAUGUAAAUUUGAUUGUAUACCGGAAAGCAGUAAAUUGCAAUAUGAUUCUGAGACAGUUUCAUUGAAUACAUCUACUGAAAAUAAUAGAAAUUUCAUAGUAGCGGCACUUUUAGCUUGGUGGCCUAUUGCAUUUAUUCGUGCAAGGUUUAUAAGGUUGAGAGAUUAUCGAAGAUCGAGUAAUGCAAUUGCUGAUGAUUUUAAUACUACAAAUCAUCAACCGUUUACACCGCCACAAAUUUCAGAACCAGAAAUUGCUAGAACGGCAUCAUCGUCUAGAAGAAUUGAGAUAGUUACUCCCAGAAUGAAUAGAUAUGGCAGCGAAGAAGUUUUAAGAGAACUUGCCAUGCAAUCUGGUUUAUCUGGUUUAAAUACUAGAUAAAAAAAUUAAACAAUAUUUAUUUAUUUUUGGAUUUUUAUUGUGGUAAAUAACUUUGUUUGUAAAUUUUGUAAAAAAGUAAUAACGUUACUGUAAUGAAUAAUUAUAAGAAACUUUAUUAGUUAUAUUGUACUUAUAUAUUUUUUUAUAAUACAGAAAAAAUCAAUAUUUAAUUAAAUAUUUCAAAUUUGAUCCAAAGAACAAUUAACAAUUAG